AUGAAAACAGGUCCAUACGUCACUGACUUAUGGGAAUGUCUUCAGGUGAUCUACGGCACAUUCAACGCCGCCUCCGUUUUCUCGUCGUUAAGCCUUCGUCGAUCGUUUAAAGAGCUCACAAUGGAACGUCAUUCACAGCUGGACGUUCUGGACGUGUUUCGAGUGGUUGCCAUCAUUUGGGUGAUAGUCAAUCAUACCGGUAGCGAAGGACGAGUCGAUAUUCUUGAUCGGUUACCCUCAGCUGAGAAGUUCAAGGAAUCCGUGCACAAUAAUCCAAUAUUUGGUGCACUGCUUGGCAACUCUGCCCUAGGUGUCGAGAUCUUCCUCGUGCUGUCUGGGCUGUUAUGCGCCCGAUCAUGGCUGAGGAGAGCGGAUCAACCGUUUCUGAGACACUACACGACAUUCCUCAUAAGACGUGUGCUUCGACUGAUUCCAUCGGUUAUUUUCUUCAUCUACAUAGUAGCUGGUCCUAUCACGAGAAACUUUUUGCCAAGAUUCCACUCGACCAUGAUCUCCGCAUGUGGUGCUGCAGGAAUCGCCGCUCAUCUCACUUUCCUCGGCAAUUGGCAAUCUACCCCCACUUGCUUAGGAUAUUUGUGGUAUCUCGGAUUGGAUAUGCAACUUUAUAUCAUGGCUCCAUUUCUUCUGCACACACUUUACAAACGACCUGUUGUGGGAAAACUAUUAUGUGCAGUGCUAAUCGUAUUGUCGAUCAUCAUGCGAGCAGGCUACUGUACCGCGUAUGGUGUCUGCCACAAAAGUGAUGUAGACAUACCGUUCAUCUCGUACCCAGGACAAGACCCUGCAACAUUAGCCAGCAUCUAUGCUGGUUUGUGGGAAAUGUAUGGUCGACCUUACACUAAAUGUGGACCAUUCAUACUCGGGCUGCUGCUCGGGACUGCAACUACGAGCAUGAAGCCCAGUUUGAGUCGCCACAAGUCACGCUGCAUCGCCAGCGCCUUCUUUGCGCUCUGCAUAGCUGUGAUCUAUGCAAUUCUGCCGCAGUACUGGUACGGCGACUAUCUGAAACACUACAAUUUGUAUUACACUGCGACUUUUCGAACAAUUUUUGCCAUUGGUAUAUGUGGAAUGAUCAGGGCAUUCGUUUUCAAAUCAACUUCAGUCGUAUGGUCAAUACUAGCUCGCCUCACGUACAACACCUAUCUCCUGCACAUGCCUGUCAUAUACCUCUUCAACUACUCGCAGUAUCUUCAACAGGCCGACGGCGCUACAGAACUGGUAGUAGUCGUUCCUUUCGUGGCUCUGUUAAGUUUUGCUGCCUCUGCGGUGUUCUACUUCUUUGUUGAGGCUCCUAUCGGAUACGUAACUUCUUAUUGGGUAGAGCGAAUAGAUAGCAAUCUGGUUCGUUUCUCCAAUAACUUUAAAAUAAUAUUGAGGAAUUCUCUUUCCCGAUUAGCACUUUGA